AUGUCUAAUAAUGGUAGAUAUUGGUUAAUUAGUGAUACGUGCAGAAGGGUUUAUAAGCUUCUGAGAAAGAAAAGCAAAAUGGCUGGACAUAGAGUUGCUCAUGCUACCUUGAAAGGACCAAGCGUGGUGAAGGAGAUACUUAUUGGAAUUACACUGGGCUUGGCUGCAGGCAGCUUAUGGAAGAUGCAUCACUGGAAUGAGCAGAGGAGAGUUAGGACAUUCUAUGACUUGUUGGAGAAAGGUGAGAUCAGCGUAGUUGCUGAAGAAUAAAUAUUCCUUAGCUUCAAUUAUGAAGCCUUCAACACUUUUAUUUGUUGUGUUUCUGUCAAUUGGCUUUUGAAUCUAGACAUGAGCAUACUUUGAUUUGGGAUUUUGACGAAAAUAAUCUCUUGUAUUGUUUACUAUGGAUCUCAUUCACCACCCCCAGAGAACCUUCAAGGUUUUUGGUUUUGGUUCCUUGUUGAUUUAUACCUGUAUGGCCUGAGGUACACAGCUGCUAGUGUUUUGCUAAAAAAAUUGAAUGUGACCUUUUUUAGUGAAAAUCAAGUCUUAACUCCUUAAGU